AUGGAUUAUUAUUUAUUAAUAUUUGUCCUUUGUGUUGUCUUCAUUUGCUUAUAUUCAUAUUAUAAAUUUUACUUAAACAACAACGACAACACUAAUAACAGCACCAACAAAGAUGACAACUGCAAAUCAAAAAACUAUAAUUCAUAUUCAGUAAAUCAAAAUAAUAAUAAUUGGGCACAACCACAUCAUCACCAAUCACAACCACCAUACUCAACCCAAAAUAAUAAUACUAGGGCACAAUCACAUUUUCACCGAUCACAACCACUUUAUACCACACCAAAUCAAAAUAAUUAUACUUGGGCACAAUCACAUGAUCAAUCACAAUAUUCUACACCAAAUAAUCAAAAUAAUAAUUGGGCAUCACAAUACAAUAAUAAUAUUUCGGCAACACAAUAUGGUCAUACUAGGGCACCAUCACAUAAUCAAUCACAACAUUUUUCACAAAAUAAUAAUUGGGCAUCACAAUAUAACACAAAUUCACAAGAAUCAUUCAGGGUACAACCAAGCAACCAAAAUAAUCCACCAUUUAAAGGACAAUCAUACCCUCAAUACCCAUCCCAUUCAAAAGAGGAAUCUCGUUAUGAUUCCACUGGUGCCCCAUCCAAAUAUCCAACCCACUUUGAUAAGGAAUCACGUUAUUAUUCCUCAGUUGAACCAACAUCAUCAUCAAGAUCAUCAAAGUAUCCAUCUCACAAUGAAAAGGAAUCACGUUAUGAUUUCUCAGGUUCAUCAUCAUCAAAGCCAUCCCAAUACCCAUCCCAUUUUGAAAAAGAAUCUCGUUAUGAUUCCUCAGCUGCCCCAUCUUCAAAGCCAUCAUCAAGAUCAUCGCCAUCCAAAUAUCCAACCCAUUUUGAAAAGGAGUCUCGUUAUGAUUCCACUAGUCUACCAACCUCAGGACCAUCAUCAAAAUCAUCCCAAUACCCAUCCCAUUUUGAAAAAGAAUCCCGUUACGAUUCUUCCGCAGCCACAUCCUCAUCCCAUUCAUCAAGAUCUUCCCAAUACCCAAACCACUUUGAAAAUGAAUCACGUUAUGAUUCAAGAGGUGCACCAAAAUCAUCACCAUCAUCAAUAUAUCCAUCUCACUAUGAAAAGGAAUCUCGUUAUGAUUCCACUGGUGCACAAAACUCAUCAUCAUCAUCAAGAUCUUCCCAGUAUCCAUCCCAUUUUGAAAAAGAAUCUCGUUAUGAUUCUUCUGCUUCCCCAUCCCCAUCCCAUUCAUCAAGAUCAUCCCAGUACCCAUCUCACUUUGAAAAUGAAUCACGUUAUGAUUCCACAGGUGCACCAAACUCAUCAAAUCCAUAUUUUAACAAAAAGGAGUCACGUUUUAAUCAUAAUCUCUAUCAAAUUUUCUCUGGCCAAGUAAAUUUGGUAGAGCAUCAAAUACCAGUAUUAGGUGAAAAAAUAUUUAGACCUUAUCCAGUAAAGUUUGAACCAGCAACAUCACAAAGUAAUAUUAAAAUUUCAAAUGGAAAAACAGUUAUCAAAGUGGUAGUUGAAGGUGGUGGUGAAGGUUGUAUUAACCUCAUAAGUGAUUAUGCUCCACCAAAAAUGCACAUAAUUAAUAAUAGUGGAGAAAUCAUUUGUCAAUUUAGUGGUGGUGAAAUAACCCUCAUGAAUUUAGGAAAUAAAACCGUAACAUGUAGCAUUGAUUAA